AUGAAGUUAAAUGAUGCUGAAAGGCCAACUCUUUUGAGAACUUUGGGGGAAAGAAUCGGAGAGGUUUUUAUUAGUGUUUUUUAUUUUAAAUUCAAUUUUCAGACUGUUAUAAAUCGGAAAAAUUAUUUUCGGACAAAAAUUCCUGCUUUUUCUAUCGGCUCUGGUUCUUUUGUUACGGUGAGAGAUUUUUUAAUUCAUUGUUUCCAGCUCUAAUUUAAAUUAAAUCACGAAUUAAUUUCAUUUUUGGUGAUUUUUUCAGUUAAAAAGGGGGAUUGAAAGAGGAAAACAAAUAAGUGGGGGUAAAGGGGGAAUAAAUUAGAGUAGAAUAAUAUUCAUUUUAAAAUCUUAAUUUUUCGUUUUUUUACAAAAAUAGCUAAUUUAUUAGAAUAUUUUUAAAAAAAUUAUGUUUUUUUUAAUUUUAAGUGUUUGUAUAUAUUUAUCAAAUUAUUAUAUUUGCUCAACGUCUUUGUCCAAUUUUGCCUUCUUAACUUUUUUAUUGGGCACAAUUAUGGCUGGUGGGGAUUUGAUGUUUUGAGAUCUUUAGUUACUGGUAAAAAUUGGCAG